AUGGAGGCCCUCAGCCAAGAUCCCGGCAUCGAGGUGGCCAGGCAAUCAGUGCGGUCAUCGUACCCGGAACGAACCACAAGCCCCGCAUCAAGCCCCUACUCGUCGGCAUACUACAACGACUACCACAAAUACGACCAGGAGAGCAGGAGCGACAAACAACAACAGCCACCAUCAUCCGCCACGUAUUUUGGCUCAUCCCCACAGGCGCCGCCCCAUUCGCCGAGCGGCCUCGAGCCCCGCGCGCUGUACGAGAAGCACCAGGGCCACGAAAAUCGAGGACGAGGACGACAACGACGCUCGCCGUGGCUCCUGCCGGCCGCGAUAGCCGCGGGGCUGGCGGCGCUGGUAGUUGGCGCUGCGGUGGGAGGCGGCCUGGGGGCGACGCUGCAGACCUGCAGGAGUGAUCUAAGAGCGACGAGCACAGAACUCAACGCCCUGCAGGCGUACGGCUGCACGAAGCCAGACAACGCGGUGGCCACGAGUGGGAAUCCGGCAUCACCACCGACGCCCACGACGAGCAGCAGCGAGGCAUCUGUUGGCACGUUCCAGACGACGGCCGACGGGCUGAUGGUCAACUACGUGCCGCCGGGCCCGUCGACGAUAGACAGCCUGUCGGUGGACUGCCUGGCGCUGGGGCGGCAGGAGCAGAGCAGCAGCGCCAACGAGAAGUUCAAGGUGCACUGCGGGGUGGACCUGGGCUGGGGCAGCCGGACCGCCGAGUCGGGGACGGGGACGGUGGUGGUGGCGGACAUGGUGGCGGUGAUGGCAUACGACCUGGCGACGUGCGUCGACGCGUGCUCGAGCUACAACACGUUUGCGGCGCGGUUUAAGACGGGAGACGAGUGCAAGGCCGUGUCGUUCCGGUGGGACAUGGCCGAGGCGUAUGCGCGCAACGGGGUCAACUGCUGGCUCAAGAAUGCGACGGCGAGCAUCGAGAAAGCCCGGCCGUGCGGGAGCAGGUGCCUGACUGCAGUGCGGGUGUUUUGA